CAGCUUACUCGCAGUGUCUAUUUCCAUUCCUCCCAUUAACGCCAUUUCUUUCUAUAUUGGGCCUACGAAAAUAAACAAACGGCCAUGUCUGACCACGUCUUCUUACCAAGAAACACAUACCGGCAGCCUUCUCCGCUGGGCCGGAGGAGGCCGGCCCGGACGCUUAAACCUAUAAUAGAGGAGCCCGAACUGUCGCCGAGAGAGGCCUUCGUCGAGCGGAGGAGAAACAGGCAGUCCGUCGAGAAGAUCGAGCAGUGGCUCUCGCCGAUGAGCGACCACUUCCCGACCCCACGGGGCCAGCACUUCCUCGCCGCCCCGAUCCUGCCGGCCACCCCGUCCUGCGUGCCCACCGAUGGCGAGGCCGAUCUCGACAACGACGACUCCAGCUCGCAGGCUUCCUCGUCCAACCCGUCUUCCCGCUGGAAUACCAGCCACAACCGGGACAGCAUCAUGACCGACGUGACCGAGUUUGACGAUCUUUACGAUGUCUCUGACGAAGAAGUCACGCAGAAUCAGCCCCCUCGGGCGAAUGGGAUCGUCCGGCAGCGGAGUUUGCGUGGUCUCAGGACAGCGUCGAGGGCGUCCCUCGAGUUACGGAGAUCCUUGGCUCCCCUGGUCAUCCCGGCGGACUCGGCUCUCUCGGCUGCGAAGAAGCUAAUAUCACCCAUCCCACCAACACCGCCUUCCGCGGUCGCCAUGUCACCCGCCGUCAAGACCUUCAUGGAGUUGCGGCAGACACAGGAGAUCCCCCGCGUCUCCGCACCCCCGUCCCUCGACGGGAGCAUUAACUCGGAGGAAUUGGCACAGAUGUCGGCCCCUCCUACCCCGAUGAUCGGAGCCGAGGACAGUGAGGACGAGGAGUGGACGGGUGUGCGUCUCCAACCCGGUGCUCUCCAGACGCUCCAAGCACUCUCUGGCAACGAUUCCGAGUUCGAGGAAGAGGAGCCCGCGCCCGUCAUUGAGGUGCCACAGGAGAUGGCCGAGGCCCGCCAGCGGCUCCCUCCUCUCAUCACCGGCGCCCCUCUGGCCCGGGCCCCAUCCCAGAGGCAAUCCCUAGCCGGAUUGACAAGGCUCGAGAUCCCUUCUCCGGGCGGUUUCUUCUCCGAGCUUUCGUCUGCGAGUCGCCGCACCUGGAACCCGGGCACCCAGCCAGAUGAGCCUCCUCCGCCGACGUCGACCACUGCCGAGAACUUCUACAAGAUCCCGUGGAGCCGGCCAACUGACAAGAUUCCGCCGCCUCCGCCGCGACCGCUGCAUCUGGACGACUUGCCUUCCGCCAUUGUCGAGCGAGUGGUUGAGCUGCCCGUCAAAGAGAACGAGGAGGACCUCCCAACCGCAACCCGGGUGGAGGAGACACCGGUGCCCGUCACCGCCCGCAAAGUACCGCUGACUCCGAGGCAGUCUGAUGAUGGCCCUCCCGUCCCGGAAACCGCGGGGGAGGAACCUAGCUCUCCGGUUGACGUCAACGAGAUCAUCAAGGAGUAUGCCUCUCCUCAGGCUGCGAAGCAGGAAGAGAACGCUCUCUCACACAUGGAGCGCACUCAAAUGUGGUUGGCCGCCCAGCGGGUGUACCUCCAAGGCGUUGCCGGCUUCUCUGAGGACGCCGAGGCGACGGACGACUCUGGGCAUGAGUCCGAAUCAGAAGACAAGCCUGACGUGCCACCCAAGGACGCUUCUCCUGAACCGGAACAAGCCGAGCCCAAGAAGAAGGCGGUCCGGUUCUCCGAGGUCGUGCUCAAGAAGGAGAUUCCCCGCAGCCUGCCCUCCAAGCUUCUGCGCCAGGAGUCUGCCUACUACCGCGCCUUCAUCGACUACACCGUGCGGGCCUGUUCCACGGACGUGUUCGUUCACCGCCACUCGCGCUUCGAGGCUCUCCAAGCUCAACGAGUCUCGCUCAGGGACGCCCACCGGAACCAGCUGCUCGGCAAGUUCCAGCUCUCGGUGGUUCCGCAGUCCGCCAAGAAGCGAAUGAGCGCCAACGUCGUGCGAGGCGAUGACAACAUUGUCGACGACCCGGAGAAGCUGCGCGCCGAAAAGGAAGCGGAGGCUCUGUACCAGAUGCGCAUGGCCACCUGGCAGGUUGCUGCCACCAAGCUGUUGAACGGCGGGCGUCUGGUCUCGGCUCCGGUGGCGAAGCGUCUGGCCCGCCAGAGCCGCAUGGCACCAGGUCCCGAUGGCGUCAGCCGCGACCGCGCCCGCAUCCUCGAUCUCGCCGGCCAAGGCACUUGUGACUGGGCGUGGCACGCCGCCCUCCAAUUCCCGAACACCAAGAUUUACACCGUCACGACCAAGUCCAUCCGCCAGCUUAGCAACAGCAACAUCCGCGGCCCGCCAAAUCACCGCCAGGUUGCCGUCAAGAGCCUCGCCAAGCUGCCCUUCGGCGACGACCAGUUCGACCUCAUCUCCGCCCGCGAGCUGCACGCCGUUCUCAAGCUCUUUGGCGAGCACGGCAUCGACGAGUGGGACGCCUGUCUCAGGGAAUGUGUCCGUGUCCUCAAGCCCGGCGGCUACCUCGAAUUCAACCUGCUCGACGCAGACAUCAUGAACGCCGGCCCGCUCGGCAACGCCAAGGCCGUCGAGUUCGGCUUCGCCCUGCAGACCCUCGGCUACGACCCCAACCCGACGCGCUCCUUUCUCGCGCGCCUCCACGCGGCCGGCUUCGACGAGAUCCGCCGCGCCUGGGUGUGCCUGCCCAUCGGGCCGAAGCGUCCUCCCCGCCCGCCCGUCUCCGUCUCGGCCUCGUCCGCAAGGGACUCCACGUCGGCCGCCUCGGUCAAGGUGCACUGCCUCGAGGCCAUCGUGUCGGGCUCGACCGAGAACGUCGCCGCCAUCACCGGCCUGGCCGCCGGCUGGAGCUGGGAGCGGUGGCUGCUCCGCGCCGAGAUGGAGAAGGCCGCCGGCGAGCUGCGGCUCGCCGACAUCGUCACCCCCGGCGAGGCCAUGCGCCAGGCCGGCAAGAUGAUCGCCGACGUGCACGCCGUCGUCGAGGAGGGCCGCUGGAUCGAGUCCUGCUUCAGGAUGCUCAAGGGAUACGCGCGGAAGCCGCGCCCUGUGCCCCCCUCUCCCGCGCCUGUUCCCCCCAUGCCUGGGCCGACACCUGCGGUGCAGGGCGAGCAGGAUGGAGAGUUGGACAGGAGCGGGUCCAUUCGGAUAUGUCUGGAUACUGAAUCGCUCCAGUGAGGCUAGAUAAUCUGCCGUCGGUGUCGGUUUUUAUGGGGCUUCUUGCUAGAGAUAGAUGGGGGGGUUUUGUGUGUCAUCAUCAUCUUGCUUUUCUCAUGUCAUGUCGGAAGGAAGUCUUUUCAGAGUGCAAUGGCUUUUCGGAACUGGCAUUUCCGUUGCUGUAUAAUAAUGUCACUGCUCACAUCAUCACCAC